AUGGAACCUGAGGACCGGCACCUUGAAAUCAACCUUAAGACCCUGAAGAAUCCCAAAGAGCCUGACCACGAUGACGACGCCUCUGAGGCCGCCGACUCUGAGGACACCUUGCCUGAUGAGAGCCUCCUUGAAAAGGUGGAACGCCUGAGGGAUCGCUGGAUGGAGCAGGCCUCAGUGCAAGAAAAGAGGACUCUGGUGGCCCUCAAUGGUGAGUCUCAGGAGGACCUGCGACUCCUGAACAACUUGGGCCUCAGCUCCUUCGAUAAGUUCAGUGACCUCAGGGAGAGGCUCCUUAAAGAGCAGAUGAGGCUUGAGGCCUGCCUUAGGACUGUGGAGCAGCUCUGCCACCUCAGCAACAAGGCCUCCAUGUCUGCCAGGGAGGGCCUCAGGAAGAUGAAUGCCUCCUUCAUGCCUGAGAAGAACCCUCAGAGGGAUGACAUCUUUGUGCCUGAGGACACCGACCAGCCUGAGGCCGGUUUCGCCACGCUUCACCUCCGGGCUGAGGAGAAAGCUUCAGGAUCUUCCUGUGUACCUGAGAUCGAUGUGAGCGGGCUCCUGAGCAGGUACAGCCCUGAGGAGAUCGCUCAGCUUCAGA